CGCUAAACAAGGAACCUUGCCUUUGUUAUUUUCCUUCACAUUCCUUAAUAUUUUUCCCGAGAAAGUGACACUCGAAUCACAUAAAAAAAAUUCAUUAAAUGUGGUGGAGAUCUGCUUCUUUUAUUCUCGACAGACAGCAAGAGCAAAACACCAGCUAUCCCCCAAAUCCUGAAUCGCUCUUGCUCUCAUCUCCACCUCCUUCCAUGGCCGAUUCUCUCCAAAACCCUAAACCUGACAUUUCCGCCUAUUACCAGACCCGCGCCGCCCACCACGCCGUCGUAACGAGCGAUUGGCUGUCCCAGGCCCAGGCUGCCGUUAGCCUCCAGACCAACGACGAUGUCUCGUCGGGAAGUGACGGAAGAGUCGCUCCGACUGGUGGAGGAACUGGUGGGGAUAAUAAGACUUUUAGCGUCAUUGAUGAGUUCAAUAGCUGGAGGAAACAGCCGGAUUUGGCGGAGGCUGUGGCGGCUAUUCGCGCUCUCGCUGCUGUUAUUAGGGCUAGCCAAGCUACUACCAUGAUGGAACUUGAAAUUGAGCUUAAAAAGGCUUCUGAUUCGCUUAAAGCAUGGGACGCGACCUCAAUCUCUUUGACAGCAGGUUGCGAUCUCUUCAUGCGAUAUGUGACUCGAACAUCAGCUUUAGAGUAUGAGGACUUUAAUUCAGCUAGGUAUCGGUUGAUUGAACGUGCAGAGAAGUUUGGGGAAAUAUCUUACAAGGCACGUCGGAUUAUUGCAAUGCUAAGUCAAGAUUUUAUAUUCGAUGGUUGUACCAUUUUGGUACACGGUUUCUCUAGAGUUGUCCUAGAAGUAUUGAAGACAGCCGCGGAAAACAAGAAACACUUUCGAGUUUUCUGCACAGAAGGAAGGCCCGACAGAACAGGAUUACGCUUAUCUAAUGAGCUGGCCAAGCUUGAUGUUCCCGUAAAGCUUCUAAUAGACUCGGCUGUGGCAUAUACAAUGGACGAGGUAGACAUGGUACUUGUUGGAGCUGAUGGAGUUGUUGAAAGUGGGGGUAUUAUAAAUAUGAUGGGAACAUACCAGAUUGCGUUGGUCUCACAUAGCAUGAAUAAACCCGUUUAUGUGGCCGCCGAAAGCUACAAGUUUGCCCGACUUUAUCCGUUGGACCAAAAGGAUAUGGGUCCUGCCUUGCGCACUAUUGAUUUCGGGGUACCUAUUCCAUCAAAGGUCGAGGUCGAAAAAUCUGCUCGAGAUUACACGCCUCCUCAAUAUCUGACUCUACUCUUUACAGAUUUAGGUGUGCUUACUCCUUCUGUCGUUAGCGAUGAGCUUAUUCAGCUAUAUUUAUAGUGUCGAAUUGCAGACGAAGCUCCUUACGGUUUAGGUCCAUAUGCAGUAAGUGAGAGUGUUGUGUUUUAAUGCUAUAAAAUUCGUUUCAAUCCGAUUUGAUCACUUAGUUUGCAUGACAUGCAUCUGGUUUAGGAAAAAAUAAACUAUAUUUAUAUAUAUGUGUGUGUGUAUAUACACAACAUUUUGAAGAAUGCAAAGAUUGCCAUUUUUUAUUA